UUUUGUCCUGUCUGAGUAUCUCUUUCUCGGAAUGGAGUAGUAAAACAUGAGAAGGUCAAUUUCAUAAUUUUGGAUAAACCUGGGGAUAUCUUUUCUUUUUCAAAAAAUGAAGAAACUUAAUUUUUUUUCUAAUAUACAAAAUCGAAAAUAAAUUAUUAAAUUUCAUAAAAGAAUAUAUGAGCAAUAAUCCAAAUAAUACUGUAUCUGCGGGCCUCAACGGACAGGAGAGGAUUGCGUAUUUUCCGACACAUGGCUCGCCGAACCUACGCUUGUUGGCUUCUCAAGUUGAGGUCUCACUGCUCACUAUCGCUGCCCAACUCUCACCAGACCAAACGUUUCCUUUCGCUACACAGCAAGCUGAAAACUGCACUUCUGCCACCAAAUUCCACUCGAGAUGAUGCACGCCAAAUCCGACUCCGACCAGGGGACCGUGACCUCGUCAUCCCCUCGAUCGCCUAAGCCUACCAUGUACUAUGUCCAGAGCCCAUCUCGUGACUCUCGCGAUGAGGACAAGUCUUUGUCAAUGCAGGCCACGCCGGCUUUCAACAGCCCCAUAGAGUCUCCGUCUCACCCGUCUUACGGGCGUCACUCCAGGUCGUCGUCCUCCAGCAGGGUUUCUGGGGCCUACGGGUCAUCGUCGGCGGCGUUGACAACAUUGGGGAGGAAAGCGGAAAACAAGAAGAACUACAAGGGCUGGCGCCAGUGUAAUAUGAUUAAGGAGGAAGGGGAUUACGGGGAAAUGUAUAGGAAUGAUGGGUUGUCAACGAGGUGCCGGGUUUUGUUUGUAGUUUUGGGGUUCGUUGUGAUUUUUUCAGUGUUCUGUUUGGUAAUCUGGGGAGCGAGUAGGCCUUACAAGCUACAGAUCAGUGUCAAAAGCCUGAUUGUGCAUGAUUUGAAUUUUGGGCAAGGCUCAGAUUUCACGGGAGUCCCAACCAGUUUGCUAACUACGAAUUGUUCAGUGAAGAUGAAUGUGUAUAAUCCAGCUACGUUUUUUGGCAUUCAUGUCAGUUCAGUUCCUGUCAAUCUUAUGUACUCAGAGAUUACAGUUGCUACUGGUGAGUUGAAGAAGUAUUAUCAAUCGAGAAAGAGCCACCACAAUGUGUAUGUGAAUCUGGAAGGAAUAAGAGUUCCCCUCUAUGGUGCAGGGGCAAGCUUAAAGAUCUCGGAUAACAAUGGAGGAGUUCAAAUGGCAAUGAUACUUGUUUUUGACAUUCACUCGCGAGGAAAUGUUGUGGGAGAACUGGUGAAGUCAAGGCAUACAAGGCACGUCUCUUGUGCUUUAUCCAUUGAUUCUCGCAGCAAAAAACCCAUCAAGUUUAACAAGGAUUCAUGUGCAUAUGUGUGAGUUGCCAUCCAAAGCAAUAAAGAGGGAAGAAAGAAUGUUUUUUGCAGCUGCAAUUGGAGUAGUCAUGUUGUUAAGAGUUCCACACAGAGCUUCUUGAAAAUCAUCAUCUGUACAGAUUUUAUACAUGUGAGUUCUUGCUUUAAUACUAGGAACUUUCCUUAUGUCUUGCAAAGUUUUUGAAUUGUGAAGCAUAUAGAGUAGCUACUCCAAUAUCAGGAUGCUUCAUAUAAUGUAUGACAAGUAGCUGCUUCAGAUAUAUAAAUAAAGUCAAUUUCAUUACUUUCACAGA